UCUAAUUAUUUUAAGGGGUCUCCCUCACAGAAUCUCCAGGAUCUCCAUUGCUUUGAACAUGCUCGUGCUUCUCCUGGGACUUGUGGUUCCUGUGAUGUCGGAGUUCUCCCUGCCAGAUUUCUCUGAUUGUUUCACGGUAAAUGGUCGGGAUUACCGCGGGUCGGUCGGUUUUGCCGGAGCAGAGAGGAUUCCCUGUCUUUACUGGAACCAGACGAUCCAGCACCGUUACAACACACAGUCCGAUCCAUCCGGGGAGCUGGGACUAGGAAACCACAAUCAUUGCAGGAACCCCGACUCUGAUGUCCAGCCGUGGUGCUACGUGUCCGAGACCGAGGAAGGAAUCUACUGGAAGUACUGCGACAUCCCGUCCUGCCACAUGCCCGGGUACCUCGGUUGCUUUGUGGAUCAGGGUUCUCCUCCCGCCCUCAGUGGAUCCAGCGGAACAUCCAAAAAACUCACAAUUCAGACCUGUAUCCAGUUCUGCCGGAGAAUGGGCCACAAGUACGCGGGUGUGGAAGCCGGUUACGCUUGUUUCUGUGGUGACUCGGCGGACAUGGCCGCUCUGCAGAUGGUCGGUGCCUCUCAGUGUGAUCAGGUGUGUUUUGGCCGGAGCAGUGAGCUGUGCGGCGGUGACGGGAGGCUCAGUGUGUACAGUGUCUGGGUGGGGUCAUGUGAUGGGAACUUCUCGUCCACCUCUGGGGUCCUCUACUCCCCCGACUACCCAGAUGAGUACAGCGCCGACCGCUCCUGUUCCUGGGAUAUCCUCCUCCCCGGCGGCACAGCUAUACACAUACAGUUCCGCUCCUUCCAUAUCUCGGAUCCUAAUGAUGUUCUAGAGCUGAAGGACGGAGACAGCGGGAACAUUCUGCUCCAGGUCCGAGGGGGACAAGACCCUCCAAACACCAUCACCUUCCAAACCUAUCACCUCCAGAUAACCUUCCAGUCCGACCAUCAGCUCAGCGGCCCGGGAUACGUGCUGCUGUUCAGAGGUCUGGGGAUCCCGGAAACAUCGGUCACUCCAUAUUCUGGGACAACUCCUCCCCCACGUGUAAAUGAAAGUCGUCAUAUGGCGGGGGGCAGUGGUGAGCAACAUGCUUCCAGGAAUGUGUGGCUUCUCCUAGGGGUGGGCUUGUCACUUCUGCUCCUCGGGAUUGGAUACGUAAUGUGGAGGUACCUGCCAUGCGGUUGGGGCACUCCUGAUCAUCGACGCUGCUCCAUGCUGCUCAGACACAAGAAGACGCAGAACGGAGACCUCACCAGCGUCAACCAGUCGUCCAUGAAGUCUCUGCUGUAA